AUGAAUGUAACGGCUAACCCUUUCUUCGACCUUUUCAAUACCACUGAUCUAGAAUUUCUCUCUCGAUUCGCUCAUGUUAUAAAUGCAACUUCUUGGACAAACCUUCAGCCUCAGAACUUACAUGAGCGGGCCGAGGUGAUUCUAUCCCAGCCAGAAACCAUUCUAAUUUUAGUGUUGAGUUUUUUGGCUCUGUUAGUGAAUACAUUAUCCAUAUGUGCCACGACUAAAAUCCCCCAUGGACUGACGACGCACUCCAAACUCAUCAUCAGUCUUGCUCUGUCAGACAUUCUCAUUACUCUAAGCGUCUUUAUUCAUGUACUCAACAAAGUGUUCAAUUCUGCCAAAUUGCCACCCAUGCUGAACCCAAAUGAUCGUUUAACAUCGUCCUGCAUGUUCGCCUUGAUCAACGGACUCAAUAUAAUGGCACACCUGAUUUCCCUUCUAAAUCUACUGGCCAUGGCCAUGGACCAUUACAUUGCCGUUUUUCGGCCUCUUUACUACACAACCAUUCUAAGUCGAAUCAAAGGAAAUCUCAUGAUCGCCUCGUUGUGGAUUCUCGCCUUUCUCGGCGGGUUUUGUAACUUUUUGACAGGCAUUAGUGCAUACGAGGAUCGAGCACGCUACCUCAACUUCUGUGAGGUAAUCAUGUAUAACGACUUUCACGGGGAAUACCUCAUUAUGGUGGUCAUCGUCGUCUGCCUCGUAUCCAUCUCCGUCAUCUACCUGCGUAUCUACUGUGAGGUUAGAAUUAUAAACAACAGACUAACCUACCUACAAAAAGACAGCUUCCACAACAAGAAGUCAUUGGUAACAACACUACUCAUCAUAGGUACCUUCAUACUCUGUUGGCUUCCGACAUGUGUUUUUCAAAUAGCCAUGGUGAUUCAAAUUCAUGUAAACAAGGACAUUGUGAAACAGUUGUUUUCGACAUUGUUACGCGCAAACAAAUAUCUUUACGCGUUGCUAUUAAUGAACUCUGUGUGUGAUCCUAUUAUUUACGCAGUCCGUCUACGGGAUGUUCAGAUGGGCUACUACAGACUUUUGUCCCCUUGUUUUAAUUGUUAUGCCAUUAAGAUCAAAGAGGAAUGGGAGAGCUCUUACCUAGGUCGUCAAAAUACAAAGAUAAAACUCUCCAUUGGAGAUUUAGAGGAGAGAGACUCGGGUGAAGAUUUUAGGCCUGUAGAUGAGCUUAUUAUUGACAAUGUCAACCAGGAUCAAGAUUUAGAAAUGAUCACAAUUUCGUCUGGAACGAGGUUCUUGCAUGGAGAAUUCGAAGAUGAAGAACGUGUUUCAUGA